AUGAUUUUAUCUACUGAUGGCGUGUGGACAAUUUCUAAACAGCACUUAAGGAUUUUAGAAAUUGUUGAAGAUCACAAUACACAUAAUAGACAGUCCGACAUGGAUACAAUAAAAAACAAGUCAAAAGUACAAAACGUUAAUAUGUACUUACAAGAUUUAAUAAAACUGAAAUUUUUAAAAUAUGACAAACCAAAUUAUAAGCUUACGAUAAGUGGAAUGGAUUGCAUCGCUUUGAAUACCCUUAGACAAAAAGGAUUGUCUAAAUUGUCUUGUCGUAUAGGAAUUGGGAAGGAAUCAGACAUAUGGGAAGGUAUAUAUAACAAUCAAAAAGUUGUGUUAAAAAUACACAGGCUUGGUAGGACAAGCUUUAAAUCAAUAAAAAAUAAAAGAGAUUAUCAAAAAGGAAAGAUUGAUUGGUACAAAAUUAAUAAAAUAUCUUGUCAAAGAGAAGUACAAUAUUAUGAAAUCUUUCAAGAACUCGAUAUUCCUAAAUUUUUUGAUUUUGACCGCCACAUUAUUGUUUUGGAGUUGCUUGAUUAUCAACCACUUUAUAUGACGAAAUUAGAGCAUCCAGAAAUUAUCUACAAAAAAAUGAUUGGCUUUAUUGCAGAAUUAUGGAAUUUAGGGUAUGUACAUGGAGAUUUUAACGAGUUUAACGUUAUGGUUAAAGAUGAUUGUAUAAAAGUACUUGAUUUUCCACAAAGUUUAAAGACCACACAUAAAGAUGCUGUUAGAUAUUUGGAAAGAGAUAUACAGUGUGUUGAGCUUUAUUUUGAAAAAAAGUAUGGUCUAUUAUCGGUAACGAACAAUAUUAAAGACAUUUUAGAAAAUUCUUUAAUUAGUUAA